AUGUCUCGUGACCUGCAAAACCAUUUGUUAUUCGAGACCGCAACUGAGGUUGCUAAUAGAGUUGGUGGCAUAUAUUCUGUGCUAAAGUCCAAGGCCCCCAUUACAGUCGCACAAUACAAAGACCAUUACCAUUUAAUAGGGCCCUUGAAUAAAGCCACUUACCAGAAUGAAGUUGACAUAUUAGAUUGGAAAAAGCCUGAAGCCUUUUCCGAUGAAAUGAAGCCCGUACAACAUGCUUUGCAAACAAUGGAGGCUAGAGGUGUACAUUUUAUUUAUGGGAGAUGGUUGAUUGAUGGCGCUCCAAAGGUGAUUCUAUUUGAUUUGGAUUCUGUGAGAGGUUACUCGAAUGAAUGGAAGGGUGAUCUAUGGUCACUGGUGGGAAUUCCCUCUCCCGAGAAUGAUUUUGAGACGAACGAUGCUAUCCUGCUAGGUUAUACUGUGGCUUGGUUUCUAGGUGAACUAGCCCACUUGGAUUCUCAGCAUGCAAUUGUUGCACACUUUCACGAGUGGUUAGCCGGUGUUGCGUUACCCUUAUGUCGUAAAAGGCGUAUCGAUGUAGUUACUAUUUUUACUACUCAUGCUACUUUACUAGGACGAUAUUUAUGUGCCUCCGGUAGUUUCGACUUUUACAAUUGUUUAGAAAGUGUUGACGUCGAUCAUGAGGCAGGUAAAUUCGGCAUAUACCAUCGUUAUUGUAUAGAAAGGGCUGCGGCACAUUCUGCAGACGUUUUUACUACAGUGUCACAAAUAACUGCUUUUGAAGCAGAGCAUCUUUUGAAAAGAAAACCUGAUGGGAUCUUGCCUAAUGGACUAAACGUCAUCAAAUUUCAGGCAUUUCAUGAGUUCCAAAAUUUACAUGCUUUGAAGAAGGAGAAAAUCAAUGACUUCGUGAGAGGUCAUUUUCAUGGUUGCUUUGAUUUCGAUCUGGACAAUACCUUGUACUUUUUCAUUGCUGGUAGAUACGAAUAUAAAAACAAGGGUGCUGACAUGUUUAUUGAAGCUCUGGCACGUUUAAAUUAUAGAUUAAAAGUAUCGGGGUCAAAGAAAACAGUAGUAGCGUUCAUUGUCAUGCCCGCCAAAAACAAUUCGUUCACCGUCGAGGCAUUGAAAGGCCAGGCAGAGGUAAAGGCGUUAGAAAAUACCGUACAUGAAGUGACUACUUCAAUUGGCAAAAGAAUAUUCGAUCAUGCCAUUAGAUAUCCCCAUAAUGGACUGACUACGGAAUUACCAACCGAUCUGAGUGAAUUACUCAAGAGUUCUGAUAAGGUUAUGUUAAAAAGACGUAUCCUUGCUCUAAGAAGGCCUGCAGGGCAAUUGCCACCAAUAGUGACACACAAUAUGGUUGAUGACGCUAACGACUUGAUUCUGAAUAAAAUCAGACAAGUCCAGUUGUUCAAUAAUCCAAGUGACCGUGUUAAGAUGAUUUUCCAUCCAGAAUUUUUGAACGCAAACAAUCCGAUCCUUGGUCUGGACUAUGAUGAAUUUGUGCGUGGUUGUCAUUUAGGUGUUUUCCCUUCAUAUUAUGAACCUUGGGGGUAUACACCUGCAGAGUGUACAGUAAUGGGUGUUCCUUCUAUCACUACAAACGUUUCUGGUUUUGGGGCCUAUAUGGAAGACUUAAUUGAAACAAACCAAGCUAAAGAUUACGGUAUUUAUAUUGUUGAUCGUCGCUUUAAGGCUCCUGAUGAAUCUGUGGAACAACUGGUUGACUACAUGGAAGAAUUUGUAAAAAAAACGAGAAGGCAAAGAAUCAAUCAAAGAAACAGAACUGAAAGGCUAUCCGAUUUAUUGGAUUGGAAAAGAAUGGGUCUCGAAUAUGUCAAGGCAAGACAGUUAGCAUUGAGAAGAGGCUAUCCUGAUCAAUUCAAAGAACUUGUUGGUGAAGAGUUAAACGAUUCCAGCAUGGAUGCUUUAGCAGGCGGUAAGAAGCUAAAAGUGGCAAGACCGCUAAGUGUACCAGGCUCACCAAGAGACUUAAGGUCAAACAGUACAGUUUACAUGACACCUGGUGAUUUGGGCACUCUGCAAGAGGCCAAUAACGCAGACGACUAUUUUUCAUUGGGUGUGAAUCCUGCUGCUGACGACGACGACGAUGGUCCUUAUGCUGAUGAUAGUUGA